AAACAAUGUAUCUUCAUUGGAAAAUUCACAAUCGACGGUUACGGCAGUUCAUUGUGGGUUGAAGAAAACGACAUUCAACCAGAAACCGCUGACAGCUCACCCAGCAGUACGUCAACUGGCUCAUACAACCAGCCUUAUUUAAACAAGGAAAGUAAUUCCAAAAAAAACUUGGCGAAUGUAAAAAGUGUAAAAGGUACGACCAUUGAAGAGCCAUUUUCUGAAAGUCAGCGAAAUUCUACUGGCGGCAUUUUGGAUACCUUAAACAAAGAAACUUUAUCGUCAAAUAGCCAACAAAACUCGAGAUCUGACCAGGAAAUUGGCAGAGUUUCUCAAAUUGAUCCAUCAGCUACAUUGAGCUCUAGCCAAGUGCCUCUAGGCAACUCAAAUUCAACUGUUUCUGCUUUGAAUAGUCAGGAAAAAGUUACCGAAGAAUCAACAACAGCUUCUUUGCCAUUGGGCACCACAGCCACAUUAAACCCAGAUGAAAAUUCUGGAUUCUCAGCUUAUACUUCUGCUAACUUUGAUAGUAUAAGCUCGGAUGUAUCUGAAACCACUGCGUAUCAGAAGUCUUCUAACCAAUCCAGGGAUGUCAUUUAUUCCAAAAACCCAAACCCCGGAGGAACUAGCUAUGUUGAAUCUGCAUUUAAAUACAGGACUCGUCCAACUCUAGAAGAAAGCUCUAACAUAACGACUUCCUCUACGAAUGAAACUCCAUCUGAAAGACAAAUUUGGGCAACUCCAGCAGACAGCUUCUGGGACACAUCCUCUAAAACAACUGUCACUGCUCCUGAAAGACAAACUGCAACUGCAGCAGACACCUUCUGGGACACAUCCUCUAAUACAACUGUUACUGCUCCUGAAAGACAAACUGUAAUUCCAGCAGACACCUUCUGGGACACAUCCUCUAAAACAACUGUCACUGCUCCUGAAAGACAAACUGCAACUCCAGUAGACACCUUCUGGGACACAUCCUCUAAAACAACUGUCACUGCUCCUGAAAGACAAACUGCAACUCCAGCAGACAGCUUCUGGGACACAUCCUCUAAUACAACUGUUACUGCUCCUGAAAGACAAACUGCAACUCCAGCAGACACCUUCUGGGACACAUCCUCUAAAACAACUGUCACUGCUCCUGAAAGACAAACUGCAACUCCAGCAGACAGCUUUUGGGACACAUCCUCUAACACAACUGUUACUGCUCCUGAAAGACAAACUGCAACUCCAGCAGACACCUUCUGGGACACAUCCUCUAAAACAACUGUCACUGCUCCUGAAAGACAAACUGCAACUCCAGCAGACACCUUCUGGGACACAUCCUCUAACACAACUGUCACUGCUCCUGAAAGACAAACUGCAACUCCAGCAGAGAGCUUCUGGGACACAGCCUCUAACACAACUGUCACUGAUCCUGAAAGACAAACUGCAACUCCAGCAGACAGCUUCUGGGACACAGCCUCUAACACAACUGUCACUGCUCCUGAAAGACAAACUGCAACUCCAGCAGACAGAUUCUGGGACACAUCCUCUAACACAACUGUCACUGCUCCUGAAAGACAAACUGCAACUCCAGCAGACAGCUUCUGGGACACUUUCUCUUCUUCCACCACUCCUGAAAACUUAAAGAAAGAAACAACAGGCAACGAUACACAAAUAAAGCAAGCAAAUAUAAUAACCGAUAAUAAACUGGCUUUUUUACACUCUAACGAUAUCUUAUCAACUAGCAAUAACGCUGUAGAGUCAUUUAAAUCUUCAUCUACCAAGUUUGAUGAUGAAACAUCAACUCCACUGAAUUUAACCACUCCUGCAUCCCAGGCAACAAACGAUAGCGAUGACAAUAAAUUACACUACAGUUAUACAAUGCAAAUUGAGGAUUUGCCACAGAUAAAUUUGUUGAAUGGAGACAGUGAUGAAUCUAAAGUUCGCAGAAGACCUCCACUUGACGAAGAAGAUAUUAAUAUUACUUUAUCCAAUGUCGAUACAAACGAGAAGAAGGGCUUAUUCCAACAAGAAGAUGAUUGGUGUAAAGACAACGAGGAAUGCCUAACAAUUAAUAAAAUUGAUUGCCGUAAAGAUUGGAUGCAGCUAAAUUGCCCGAAGAGAUGCGGUAUUUGUGGAGGAACUACAGUAGUUAGCAGUGCAAAUGAAGAGAUCAGCGUUGUUCUGCCUGAAGAAGUGAACAACAAGGAAUAUAUGGAAGAUAUUCGCAUUACUUUACCGUCAAAACUGGUCACUUCUGAAGAUUGCAAAGAUCACGUUGAAUGCAUCGAGUAUGACGUUUCGUCGUGUAAUAAUCACUGGAUGAGGAAAAAUUGUCGUACAAAAUGUGGCUUGUGUAAAGAGAGCAUUCUACCACAAUCUGAAAUAUCGAAUUCCACGCUUGGACAAAAAGACUUCAAUAAAGUAUGUUAUUACGACGGAAUCCCACAUGACCACGGUAGCAAAUGGUCACCAGGUCCUUGCUCACCUCAAUGCACUUGUGUUAAUGGUAAUGUUCAUUGUUCUGUUAUUCAAUGCCCAAAGCUUACCUGUGAUAAAAAGGUGAAAAAAAGGUGGAGCUGUUGUCCUGAAUGUGAAUACGGAGAUAGUGGAAGCUGCGUGAAAGCGUUUGCAUAUGGAACGUCAAAAUUGUCGUGCUGUGUAUUGCCAUUCAUCUACAAAGGUGUGCAGUACGAAUCUUGUACCCCGGAAGAUCAUGAUCAACCGUGGUGUUCUCUGACCGAGAACUUUGACCUGGAUGGAGAAUGGGGUCGUUGUGUUGAACCACAAAAGGUUACAAGAAAAAUCGUACAUUACAAAACAAAGAAACCUCGGAACAAGAAAUACCUUAAAAAAUAUGAAAAGAAAACACAUCAUACAAAACUGCACAAAAAACCAAGCGAAGAAUCAAAGCCCUUUUUUAACAAGACAAAAACUGACACCAGUCAGAGUGUUUCUAGAGUUGAAUCUGUGCCCUUGGCGAACCUGAGCUAUUCGCCUAAAGAAAUAGAGGCAGAGGAAGAAGAAAUUUUAAGGAUAUUUGGAAACGAAGAAAGUGAAAACAAAAUUAAAGUUGAACCAGAUCCGUUGGAUGGUGGCUAUUCGGAAUGGUCUUUGUGGAGCAAGUGUCUUGCAACAUGUGGAGGUGGUGUACAAGAGAGAUUUAGAAAAUGCUCUCAUCCAACUCCUGCCUUUGGUGGACUUGACUGUCGACAUAUUGGUCCUGCUCUAGAAUCACGUGAAUGUAACAAUUUUCCAUGUCCUAUCCAUGGUGGUUUUAGCAGUUGGAGUCCUUGGCUUGAAUGCAGUUCUAGUUGUGGUGGUGGAGUUACCACCCGAUCACGCAUGUGCGAUAAUCCUGCACCCAGUUAUGGCGGCAAAGAUUGCAGUGACGGAGGCCUGGGACCUACUAUUGAGUCAAAGACUUGUAAUGAUUUUGCUUGUGGAGUUCUAGGUACAGACCUCUUUACGCCAUGGUCUGAGUGGACUGAUUGUGACAAGAAAUGUGGUGGUGGGGUGAGCUUUAGAAGACGAGCAUGCGCAAAUCUUCUACCAAGUGUCAAUGAUGAAGAUUGUAGUCUUAGUGGUGAUAUCAUGCAAACUAAGGAAUGUAAUAUCGAUCCUUGCCCAAUCAAUGGUGGUUAUACUUCAUGGACAGAUUGGUCGAUUUGUUCUCGGAGUUGUGGACCUGGUAUCACAUCCCGGCAUCGGACAUGUUCUCAACCCUUUCCCUCACUCAAUGGUAAAGAUUGUUCAGACAUUGGAGAAGCUUUUGAACAGAAGUCUUGUUUUCUUAAGGAUUGUAAAGCAUCAGGAAGAUGGACUUUAUGGAGUAACUGGGGCAAAUGUUCUGUUACUUGUGGUAGUGGUUUUCAGUCCCGUUCGAGAAAAUGCAAGGACAUAGCAAAAUGCCAUGGGGAUAGCAAACAGAUUCAACUAUGUAAUGCUUAUCAUUGUCCAGUUCAUGGCAGUUUUAGUGAGUGGUCUGCGUGGUCUUUAUGUUCAAAAACUUGUGGAGAAGGAAUCUCGUCUAGAAAAAGAUUAUGUGAAAAUCCUAAACCAAAGUUUGGAGGAAAAAGUUGUGCACAGCUUGGACUGGGCCCAAGUGAAGAGCAACAAAAGUGUAGUGUCUAUAAUUGUGAAUUGUCACAUGAUGGCGGUUACGGCCAUUGGACUCCUUGGACCAAGUGUUCGACAUCCUGUGGAAUUGGAAUGAUGUCUCGUUACCGAGCCUGCGAUAGUCCACGUCAGCAGGGAAGUGGAAAAGAUUGCACAAACCUUGGUGUUGGUGUACAGACUAUUCCUUGUUUUAAUAUGGCGUGUCCCGUUGAUGGAAACUAUAAUGAAUGGUCGUUCUGGUCUGCAUGCUCGGCGACUUGUGGUGAUGGUUCUCGAAUCCGAAGGCGAGCAUGUGAUAACCCCGAACCUUCAACUGGUGGGAAAAAUUGUGAGGCACUUGGAAAUGACGUAGAAAGUGAAUCGUGCAAUGAAGGACCUUGUCCAGUGACAGCAAAACUUGGAGAAUGGUCUUCUUGGCUUAGUUGUUCUAAGACAUGUGGUUAUGGUAUUAGGCAACGCAUGCGUAGAUGUAUUGGUUCAUAUCAAUUUGGUGCCAACUAUUGCAAUAAUGAGGAAUUGGGUCUUUCUCAGCAAGCAGAACGGUGUUUUGAACGAUCUUGUCCAGUUGAUGGCAGUUUUGGUCCGUGGUCUGCUUGGUCAGCGUGCACUGCCACGUGUGGUGGAGGUGCCAUGAGUCGUUUUAGAAAUUGCUCCAAUCCAACACCGAUGCAUGGAGGGAAAGGAUGCGAGAGGAUUGGGGCCGCCUUUGAAAUCAAGUCGUGCGCUGAAAACGUUUGUCCUGUUGAUGGAGGCUAUUCAAUGUGGUCAGAAUUUGGACCAUGUUCUAAAACCUGUAAUACUGGAUACAUGAAACGAACACGAACCUGCACGCGACCUUCACCUGAACAUGGUGGAAAGGAUUGCUCACUACUUGGAGUGGCUGAGGACAUUCAACAAUGUUCUACACAAUCUUGCCCCAUAAAUGGUAACUUCAGUGAAUGGAGUGAUUGGUCAAAUUGUUCAGCUUCUUGUGGUAAUGGUGUUAUGCUAAGAUCAAGAGCAUGUAACAAUCCAACACCAAGUUAUGGUGGAGAGGACUGUACGUCGUUGGGAUCUUUAACUGAGCAAAUAAAUUGUUUGAUAUUAGCCUGUCCUCAACUUUGUUCAUGUGGUGGUUGGACGACAUGGUCCGACUGUACACGUUCGUGUGGCGGUGGUAUUCAGACAAGGAAGAGGCAGUGUACGACUCCUAAGUUAGGAGUCGAGUCUUGCGAAAAAGAAGAGCUAGAAAGUCAACUCUGCAAUUUGAAUAUUUGUCCUGUCGAUGGUGGUUAUAGCAAAUGGUCGGAAUGGACAAAUUGCCUUGGCACUUGUGAUCACGGGUACAAAACUCGAAGACGACUUUGCAAUAGUCCCACUCCUGCUUUUGGUGGCCGGUCUUGCGAGGAAGCAGGUCUUGGGAAGUAUUUUGAAACCGUGGGUUGUCUUAUGAAGCCUUGUCCUGUAAAUGGACAUUACGGGUCUUGGUCUCCAUGGAGUGCAUGCUCAUCGACAUGUGGAAUAGGACUGAAAACAAGAUAUCGUGAAUGCGAUAAUCCACGUCCCGUUAGUGGUGGUGCGGACUGUUAUCACUAUGGACCCAAUGAACAAACAAUUGAAUGUUUUAUUGCUGAUUGCCCAGUUGACGGUGGUUACUCUCGGUGGACUGAAUGGAGCGAAUGUUCCAAAUCGUGUGGUUGGGGCUAUCAAUCACGUGACAGGGAAUGUAAUUCUCCUGAACCAUCACGUGGUGGUAAGGAUUGUACAGACUUAGGCGAAUCAAGUGAGGUACAAGAUUGUAUGAUAAUUGAAUGUCCAGUUGAUGGCAAAUUCACGGAAUGGGCCGCAUGGGGUGAAUGUUCAAAGACAUGUGGCAAGGGAAAGAAGCAACGAAAACGAUACUGUACUGCUCCAAAACCUGCUUUUGGUGGGAAGGCAUGUGCUGUACAUAAACUUAGUGAUACAGUUGAAAGCACAAGCUGUAAUCUUGGAUCGUGUCCCAAAAGUGGAGGUUGGGGAGCGUGGUCUGUUUGGUCUUAUUGUUCAACCACAUGUGGUCCUGGUAUGAUGGAACGCUCGCGUCAAUGUGAUUCACCAAAACCUGUUGGUGGUGGAAAACCAUGUGUUGGUCAGCUGACGCAACAGAAACACUGUAGCCUACAAGACUGUCCAGUAAAUGCUAACUACACAAAUUGGGGCAAGUGGACUAAGUGCGAUGCGAAAUGUGGCAGAGGAUUUCAGCAACGUUGGAGAUCGUGCUCAAACCCGAUGGCUUUUGCUGGCGGUCGAGAAUGUCCAGCUUAUGAGCCUGACUCGGAGUCAAGGCCAUGUUUUCUGAAAGCAUGCAAAGUUGAUGGAUCUUGGGGUCAAUGGUCUCUGUGGUCCACAUGCAGUAAAACGUGUGAUGAGGGAAAACAGGUUAGAAGCCGGUUAUGUGACGAUCCAAAACCUGCCUAUGGUGGUGCAAAUUGCUCUGGAAUUUCUAGUCAGCAUAAAUUAUGCAAAGUUCGAGAUUGCUGUGACAUUUCCUACGCAGAUCUUGGUUGCUUUGUCAAUGCAGGCAGUCAAUCGACAAUGCCCGAGUUACUUGAAACGGAUGUAGAUCCUGACAGUCCAUUUUACAGCGGUAUUAGCGUAAAAAGUGGAGUGAAAGACUGGAACAACUACGUUUCAAACCUGAUUUGCCGUUGUGCUCAAAUUACCAAUGAAAAAGGUUACAGUCAUUUUGGCAUCCAGAACAUUGGUGAUUGUAUGUCUGGUUUCAAUGUUUCGGAUACAUUUGCCAGUCAAGGUGCACGUCUUACAUUUACUAACCAAGGUCCAAGACCAUGGGUUGGUUGUUUGGGUAAAGAUAGAAAACGAUGUAAAAGACCAUCAUUAAAUUGUGUUGGUCAAGAUGAAACAAACUUUGUUUAUGGAUUGAAAAAUAUUGCUCCACUGGAUGGUAACUACAGUUCAUGGGGAGCAUGGUCACCUUGCUCAAAGACUUGCAGUCGUGGAAUAACCUCACGUAGACGCAGUUGUACCAACCCACGACCUCUCUAUGAUGGCAAAAAUUGCGAGGAGAUUGGACCUGAGGAAGAAACACAAGAAUGUUUUAUUAAAGCAUGUCCAGUCAACGGUGCUUGGAGUGGUUGGGCUAUUUGGAGUGACUGCUCGGCCUCUUGUGGUACUGGAAAAAGGACACGAAUCAGACGAUGUAAGAUUCCACCCCCUUCAAAUGACGGAGAUUUUUGCAACGGACCAGAUACAGAGAUAGCUGAAUGCAUCAAGCAAGAUUGUCCGAUCAAGGGUGGAUGGUCAGACUGGUUAAGUUGGGAGCCGUGCUCAGUAAGCUGUGGUUUUGGCGUGCAAUUGAGAACUCGAUAUUGUGAUAGUCCUGCUCCAUCGGAGAACGGGAAAAUGUGCACAGGUCCCUUGGUGGAGGCCUCACCUUGUGUAGCCAAACCUUGUCCUGUAAAUGGUGGAUACGAUAGUUGGUCCAGUUGGUCUGUUUGUUCACGUUCCUGUGGAAGAGGACAUAAAAUAAGAAGAAGAAAAUGCAUUCAUCCUUCACCUCGUUUUGGUGGCAAGUCGUGCAAGAGACUGGGUCCAAGUAAAGAAAAGAUUCAUUGUAAUGGAAAUCCAUGUCCUGUUCAUGGAAAUUGGGGCUCGUGGACUUCCUGGAGUCGAUGCUCGGCCAAGUGUGGGCCUGGUAUUAGAACACGUGAUCGUAUUUGUAACAAUCCAUAUGCAAAUUACGGUGGGGAUUCUUGUGUGGGUAGAGGUCAUGAAACAAUCGUAUGCAGUAUGCCUGAUUGUCCUGUUGAUGGAAACUGGGGAGCCUGGUCCAAGUGGUCAGACUGCCAGAGUGAUUGUGGUCUUGCUACGAGAUAUCGUACACGUGACUGUAUUGAUCCUCCACCUGCACAUGGCGGACGGGGCUGUGAAGGUGAAGCUGAGGAAUAUAGUGACUGCAACCUGAAUCAUUGUCCAAUCAAUGGAGGUUAUUCCAGCUGGAGUUUGUGGAGUUCUUGUGAUAAAACGUGUUCAUCUGGACACAAGAUAAGGUCAAGAACUUGUUCCAAUCCUGAACCUCAAUUUGAUGGCCUAAACUGCUCGAGCUUGGGGCCAGAGACCGAGUAUCUCACUUGUAAUGAUGAUCCUUGUCCAGUUGACGGUGGCUGGUCCGGUUGGACAAGUUGGUCUUCAUGCUCCCAAACCUGUGGUCUGGGACUCUCUACUCGUUCAAGAAGCUGUUCCUAUCCUGUUCCUGAGUUUGGUGGAAAAGCUUGCUCUGGAAAUUCCAAAGAAGCAAAGCCUUGCAAAACCUUCGAUUGCUGUGACAUACCAUACGAAGAUGUUGGAUGUUAUAUAGAUACCCAGCGUGCACCGCGGCCUUUACCUGAGUUAUUGUUCAGUGAUCGAGAUAAGAUAUCAUGGAAGAACUGGAAAGAUUUCAUAUCAGAUAUGAUAUGCAGUUGUGCGCAAGAAACCCGUGAUAAACAAUACAAAUAUUUUGGUAUCCAGCAUUACGGAGAGUGUUAUUCAGGACCAGAAAGUUGGAAGACUUAUGGUGACCAAGGAAUUCGUCAAGAUUUUACACGUCCCCCUGAUGCUCAACCUUGGGUUGGUUGUGUUGAUGAAUCAUUAAAUCAAUGUAAACAACCAAAUUUGAAAUGUGUUGGCAAAAAAAACACGAAUUUUGUUUACACAAUUGAUCAAGUUCAGCCAGUAGACGGUAAUUACAGUUCUUGGACAUCUUGGAGUCCAUGCACGUCAUCAUGUGGCAUUGGAUCGCGUUAUCGUUGGCGUUCUUGCACGAAUCCUGCACCUUCGUUUGGUGGUCAGCGGUGUUAUAACAUGGGAAGUGAUGAAGAAGUCGAAAACUGUUAUGAAAAUGACUGUCCUGUUGACGGUGGUUGGAGUAACUGGGGAAAGUGGAGUGUUUGUUCUGCCACCUGUGGUCGUGGUGAAAUAACAAGAUCACGACAAUGUGAUAACCCUGAAGCACAAUUUAAUGGUAAAAAAUGUUUGGGUAGAGAUUUGGAAACUGUUUCUUGCAAUCAUCACCAUUGUCCAGUAUUUGGUGGUUGGUCUGCAUGGUCUGCGUGGUCCCAGUGCUCUUCAUCUUGUGGAUUUGGUCAGCAGUCUAGAAAACGAGAUUGUAACAAUCCUUCACCUGCUUAUGAUGGUGAACCUUGUAGUGGAGUUUCAGUUGUAUAUCAGAACUGUGUGGAGAAAGAAUGUCCAGGUGUUUGGGGAGCUUGGUCAUUCUGGAGUGAUUGUACCAAAACAUGUGGAGAAGGAGGGACUCGUACAAGAUCAAGGACCUGUCAUGGUGGUCAGCGGUGUGAAGGCUCAAAACACGAGACUACAAAAUGCUUACUUCAAGACUGUCCAGAAUGCUCUAAUUCUGCUGAUGUUGCUUUCAUUAUGGAUGGGUCCACUGCUGCAGAUGAGUUCAUUUGGAAUCGAUUAAAAUCUUUUGUGCGUGGAGUGGCAAAUGCAUUCUUCCUUAGUGAUGACACGACGCGCGUGGGAUUGAUCACGUACUCCACGCAACCUAAACUCGAACUUCAAUUUGACGAGAAGAAUGAUGUUGACGAGUUUUUCGAUUUUCUCGAAACAGUCUCCCGCGAUCACGGCACCUCAAACCUCGACUCAGCUUUGGCCCUUGCUAAUGAUAAAUUGUUUGUUCCUAGUGCUGGCAUGAGAGUCAAUGUGCCAAAUGUUGCAAUCAUAUUGACUGAAGAAGGACCAGUAAAUACCUUUACCAUGUACAAUGAUAGCUCACAGGAUCUGAAAGAAAGAGGAAUUACUUUAAUAAGUGUUGGCGUUGGUAACCGUGUGAAUCCAUAUGAAUUACAGAGAAUUGUAAAUGAUCCAAGAAAUGCAAUUUUAGUUGAUACCUUAGAUGACGCCAUUGCAUCAAUUGCAACUGUUGCCAACGCAACAUGCCUGGCGAAGCCAACGCCUCCUCAAGUUAAAUGGAGUCCGUGGAGUCGAUGGUCUUCUUGUUCCCGUCUCUGUGAUGCUGGUGUUCGUCAUCGAACUCGAUCGUGUGUAACUGGUAAUGAGUGUGGUGGAAAUGAUAGAGAGGAGAUGACAUGUAUCUUACAAAAAUGUCCGGAAUGUAAAUCAAUUCUUGAUGUCGUCUUUGCAAUUCCCAUUGCUGAUAGUAUUCCCAAAGAGGAAUUUAACGAAGCAAAGAAAUUUGUCCGUGGACUUAUCGAUGGUCUGUACAUAUCACCACAGGGAGCCCAUAUUGGUCUACUUGGUUAUUUUGAUUAUCCACGAGUUGAACUAAAACUCAAUACUUUCUAUAAUAAAGAUGAUAUAUUACGAGCAUUAUCUUCAAUCCAUACCGUUGAUGGUUUUAAUAAUACAGACAUCGAUUCUGCAUUCAGAGCAGUCCAGUCUGAUAUGUUCGUACUAGCCAAUGGACUUCGAGCUUACGUACCGAAAGUUUUGAUCUUCCUCGCUUAUGGUGAUGUCACAGGUCAGAAUUUGCUUGCAGCCUCGUCUCCACUAAAAAAUGAUGGAACAACUAUCAUACCGCUCGUUACUGGAGACAUAGGUACUAAAACGAUUGCGCCAAGAGGGUCCAGCACCUUUCAUUAUUUUUCGUCUAAUAAUUUUGCUAAUCUGGCAUCAAAGUUAGACGCUAUUUCGGCAAAAUUGUGCGAAGCGUCUGUCUAUACUGGCCUUUCCUUGAAGCCAUUCCUAAAUACUUCAAAACAUGGCGUGUCAAAACUGCACCUAAAAACAGUAUCACGUGUUUCAAAGACGUUGCCACGUGAUAAAACUCAAAGGGAUCAAAUCAAAGAAAUAUUUACUCAUCCAUCAUCAGAUACCGUACCUAAAGUUAAAUCUGAUGUGAUUUCACCUGCCUUUGAAUCAAGUAUCACUUCAAAUUUACUUAACCAGGUUGAUCAGCUGAUGCCAGGAACCGAUGUAACGUCAUUGCUAACGAAGUCAAGCAAAUUUAAGCCAGUUACUAAAGCAAAAGCACCUGACACAGGCAUGUGGAAAGACUGGAGCAUUUGGAGUGCCUGCUCAACCUCUUGUGGACUGGGCAAGAGAACACGAGUUCGUUUAUGCAAUGCUACAAAAUGUAGUGGUCAGCAGCCAAUAGAAACGUCUUUAUGUAAAAUGAAAGAUUGUCUAGCUUGCAACCACAAUGUGGAUCUUGUAAUGGCCGUAGACUCAUCUUCUGCUGUACCAAAAGAAAACUGGCUAAAGAUAAAAUCAUUUAUGAAAAGCAUCGUGGACGCCUUUCUAAUCUCGAAGCCAGCAACGCACGUUGGCAUUUUGUCGUUUUCCUCAGUCCCCUAUUUGGAAACACGGUUUUUGGAAGAGCUUUCAAAAUCAAACAUUUCGCAACUUCUGGACAAUAUGCAACAACUACUAGGAAAACAACGAAGAAUCGAUAAGGCGUUGAGAAUGGCUAAUUCUGAGUUUUUCUCUUUAAAAUCGAGAGGUUUUAGAGCUCAUAAAAGUAAAGUAUUUCUUCUUAUAACUGGUGGAAACCCAACUGAGGGAACCAAAGAUGUAGCGUCUGCAGUGAAUCUGCUGACUCAAAAUGGCGUGUCUGUGAUGGCUGUUGGAGUUGGACCUGGUGUAGACAAUGCUCUCUUACAGUCUAUGAUGGGAAAGAAAGAAAAUUAUUUCAAGAUUGCAGACUACAAUAAGUUGGGAACUUAUGUCUCUGAUGUUGUCAAAGCUAUAUGUAAAGCGCAACAUCAAACAUUAAACAUACGAACAGUUUCACCAAAGACAGUCACAGCUAAAAUAAUGAUUUCACCUACUCAAGGCAAGGAAUUAUCUUCACCUAAGACAGAGAUUACGUCUCACACAAACAAGUGGGGAAAAUGGAGCAACUGGGAGACAUGCUCUCGUACUUGUAGUGAAGGGGUUCGUGCAAGAUCACGUAUUUGUACAGGAAUUAAUUGUACUGGUCCAUCGAUGGAGACAGAAGCUUGUUUUGUUCAGGAUUGUCCAGAUUGUCAAAAGUGAUUGACCUCGUUUUUGCUUUGGAUGCGUCAGAUGGUGUUAUCGAUAAAGAAUUUAUGCUCGAGAAAACAUUUGUCUUAAAUAUGUUAAAUGCCUUUAAAAUUCAUCAAGACCAUACACGUGUUGGUGUUUCCACUUAUGGUGGUGAAGUUUCUCAAGAUAUUCCUCUCUCCAACCAGUUUGAUAAAGAUAGUUUACUCUUGGCCAUCAACUCUCUUAUCAAGAAUAAAGGCAGAGCAUCACUUUCUAAAGUUCUAGAUGCGGCAAGGACAAAUUUAUUUACGGGAACACGUGAUAAUGUUGCUAAAGGUCUGGUCUUGCUGUCGUCCAUGAAGAACAAAGAGAAGGAAAAUCCAGAAAUCGCUGCACAAGCUUUGAAGCGAACUGGUGUUGAAAUUAUUAUAAUUGGCAUUGGUUCCAUGGAUGAUAGUUCUAGAGAUGUAUUAUCAAAGGUUGCCAGUAGUAAAUCACGUGCAUUUCACCUUGUUUCAUUUGAUGAUCUGUUAAAUGACGUAUAUCUUGUUGCUACAAGUGCAUGUGAAGCUGAGCCUGUAGCGUCAGUUAACAAGGAAAGGAAAGAAUCAUCAAAAGCACCACCAACUCCUAACUUCCAACCAACUUACGUGAAAAAAUUGUCAACACAUCAAGCAGCUCCAGUCGCCAUAACACAUUUAAUUCGCCCUGGAACUUCAGAUUUACAACAAGCUUUGCUCGGGAAACUUUCAAGAAAAAGAUCCAUCAUUGAGUCAUCUGAAGUUUUGGCUAAAAAUUUGAAGGCAGAAAAGCACGGCAGUGAUCAUCACCACUAUUCAAGAAUACACAAAGUCAUUAGAAAAACGUCGAAAAAGAGAAACGAUCAUUCAAGUGCAGGUCGGAAAGCUGUUUUUAAAAGACAUGUAUAUGUCAAACAUCUUAGCAAAAAACGAUUAGGCAAAAACCAUUGAUGAUUAUGUGACCUAAAUACGAGACACAUCUUUAAGAAUUCACGUUUACUUUUAUACUGUUGUUUAAAUUAUGCUGCAUUGUUACCAUAUGUAACGUUUUCCAUGGUUAGUUCUCAGAACAAAUAAUUUUACAUCCAACGUCUAAAAAUGAAAUGUAAUCUUUAUAUUUCAGUUAACAUAGAUAUAUAUUCAUAUCAGAAAACAUGCUCUGUUCAAUAGAGUGGUUCCCAAUGAUAUCACCGCCACAAGUAUCUUUUGAUUCAAACUUGUUCAAUAAUAUGUUGUAUAGCAGAAAGAUGUUUAGCUAAAUUUCAGACAUUUUCUUUUAUGGCAAAUGUUCUAGGGCAAUACAAACCCGAUUUUUACUUCUACAAUAAAGGUUACUUCUUCAGCAAAAUAA